AUGGCGAUUGCGGGAGAUGAAUGGACGCAGGUUUCCAGACGUCAGAGAAAACCACCGGAAUCCCCCUCGGUCACUACUAUGUUUGUUUCUAAUCUACCGAUGAAUGCUAACAAAGGCGAUCUAUGGAGAUUAUUUGGGAACUUUGGAGAGUUGUCGAAUGUAUACAUCGCCCAAAAGAAAGAUGCCAACAGGAGAAACUUUGCUUUCAUUCGAUUUAAGAACGUGAGAAAUAGGAGGUUUCUUGAAGUGGCGCUUCAGAACCUAUCAUUUGCAGGCAGAAAUCUGGAGGUGAACGUCGCAAAAUUUGAGCGGAAGCUAAAAAAGAGGGUACAAGAUUUUCAAUAUAGAAGAGAAGCGAUAAAUACCAAGGACACUGCAGAUAUAAGAAGUAACGCUCGCGACGGUAGAACCUUCGCUGUUGUGGUGGCCGGAUGUGAAUUGCCUCCUCCCUUACCUCCUCCGGUCGUGAACCCAAUUUCCCUCCAUCCCAACGAUGUUAUGGCUGAUUGGAUUGAAAAUGAAUUGACAUAUAUGGGGGAAGCGAUCAGUAUGGAGCAUGUUCACAACCUAAAUCCUGGUAUUUCAAUGGGUGAUGAUGAAGCUUUCUCUAUGAAAUACGCCGGCGGCCUCAAGGUAUGUCUCAGUUUCAGAUCAGUUGAUGAUGUUAAUGCAUUCUUAAGGGUCAAAGACGACUGGUUUUUGAAGUUAUCUAGAGCAAACCAAUAUCAUAAUCAUUUUGAUCGGGUGACAUCGGUGAAAAUUUAUGGGCAUCUCCUGAAUGUGAGUGUCCUGGAAUAUGAAGAAGAAUGGCUCCCUCAAAAUUCAUCUGAGUUCGAGAUGAUUGAUGAAGAUGAAGACCAGGUUGAUUUCAGUGAUGAUGAUGACAAUUUCGUAGGUGUUUCUGACACUGUCAUGAUUGAAGACGAAGUAGAUGAUAUUGAAGAAAGGGAAAUUGUCGGGGAUGAUACAGAAAAGGUGGAGGAUUAUUUCCGCGGGAUCACCAAUGAGCCUGGGGAAUCUCAACUGCCUCUUGGUAAAUCCCCAUUGGUGGUGAACAAUGAGAAUUCCAAAAUAGAUAAUCUGAAUUCGUCAGAUAAUAAUUCAUUCGGAGAACUAAAAAAUCUGAUACCUAAUGGUUGUUUUGGGCCAUUUAACUCCAAGUGGGUCAGUCCAUCAAAUGGUGGGCCGGAGGUUGACAAAACUAUUGGCCUGGAUUUUGGAAAGCUUAAUGAAGCAGGACAUUUAGAUACCUUGGGGCCAGACCUUGAUUUCAUUGGAUCCUACUCUAAACGUCGGAAAAUUAAAAACAAUGAUCUAUGCGACAGAAAUUUCCCCCCACCCCCAAAUUUCGAGUCAGAAGCUCCUCAAAUGGAUACCCAAAUAAUUAAGCUAAACAAAUCCCCUUCAAAUCCAGCUUCAAAUAACGUUCAUCUUGACCCGACAAUAAUUUCUAUCCCUGAGAUUGUGCGCACAACAAGGAUUGGGCGUUCGAUUGGGUUUGAUAUCGAUGAGGAAAAUAUGAUCCUCAUUGAAGCUAUGGAUGAGACAGGUGCUUGUAAUCAUACUCGAUGA